AUGGCAUCCCCACGAACCGUAACUAUCAUGGCCCUCUCUGUGGCCCUGGGACUCUUCUUUGUUUUCAUGGGGACUAUCAAGUUGACCCCCAGACUCAGCAAGGAUGCCUACAAUGAGAUGAAACGUGCCUACAAGAGCUAUAUCCGAGCCCUUCCUGUGCUGAAGAAACUGGGCAUCAACUCCAUUGUCCUUCGAAAAAGUAUUGGCGCUCUUGAAGUGGCCUGUGGCAUCGUCAUGACCCUGGUCCCUGGACGUCCCAAAGAUGUGGCCAACUUCUUCCUGCUGUUGCUGGUGUUGGUUGUGCUCUUCUUCCACCAGCUGGUCGGCGACCCUCUCAAACGUUAUGCGCAUGCUCUGGUGUUUGGCAUCCUGCUCACCUGCCGCCUGCUGAUUGCGCGCAAGCCGGAGGACCGUUCUGAGAAGAAGGCCUUGCCUGAGAGCUUAGAGGAGCAACCCCCUUUUUAUGAGAAGGCCCAGCAGGGCAAAGUGAAGAUGUCAUAGGUAGUUGGAAGUGCAAAAAGUGGACCUUCUAGGCAGUUGCC